AUGGAGUCGGUGGCGCGCAUGUCGAGUCUCAUGGAGACGGCUCGAGAGCUCACGCUCGAUGCCGCCCAGGCCACGCGCGGAGCCCGAACCAGCUCCCGCACGCUCGACCGCAACCAGAUGAGGAAGCUCCUGGACAGUAGGAACGACAGAGAGGUCCUCGAGGGACUGCGGCGCGUCAUCUCCAUGAUGUAUCGCAACCACAAGACGCUGCCAUUCUUCUCUUCGGUUGUCAAGAACGUGGCCUCUCCCAACCUCGAAAUCAAAAAGCUCGUCUACGUCUACCUCAUCCACCAUGCCGAACAUGAACCCGACCUCGCCCUCCUCUCCAUCAACACCAUCCAAAAGUCCCUCUCCGACACCAACCCCCAGGUCCGCGCCCUUGCCCUCAAGACAAUGUCCGGCAUCCAGGUGCCCGUCAUCAGCCAGAUUGUCUCGCUCGCCAUCAAAAAGGGCGUCGCCGACAUGAGCCCCUACGUUCGCAAGGCUGCCGCCCUCGCCAUGUCGAAGUGCUACCGACUAGACCCCAGCCAGUCGCCUCUGCUCAUCGACUGUCUAGCCACCCUCCUGGGCGACAGGCAGUACUACGUGGCUGGCGCGGCUGUCUCGGCCUUUAUGGAAAUGUGCCCCGACAGGAUAGACCUCAUCCAUAAGCACUACCGCAGCUUGGUCAGAAAGGUCGUCGAUAUGGACGAGUGGAGUCAGAUGGCCUUGCUGCGUCUCAUGACCUCCUACGCGCGCCGGUGCUUUCCCCGGAGAAGCCAACCCGCAGACACAACGCAGCAACAAGUCGCCGACGACGCUUUCUACGGCGAGUCCUCGGCCCAAGGCCCUGCGUCCUUGGACCCGGACCUGUUGCUCCUCCUGAAUGCCAUCCGGCCUCUUCUGCAGAGUCGAAACUCCGGAGUCGUGAUUGGAGUCACGCGGUGCUACGCAGAUGUAGGAGCGCCAGAAUACCUGAAGCUUGCCAUUGGCCCGCUGGUUGCGCUCCUCCGAGGCGCCCAAGACAUUCAGCAAAUUGCUCUCUACAACAUUGUGUCCGUCUGUCUCAUACGCCCUCACGAUUUUGUCAAGUAUGCCAGUCACUUUCUCGUCCGAGCCACCGAUACAGCGCAGGUGUGGGAGCUCAAGCUCGAGGUCUUGACCGUCAUCUUCCCGCAUAGCCCCCCUCAGGUCAAGAGUCUCAUCCUGAAAGAGCUGGAGCACUUCUCGCAAGGCUCAAGCAAAGCCCUGGUGCGUGAAGCCGUGCGCGCCAUUGGCCGGUGCGCGCAGUCGGAUGCGGCCACGGCGCCUCGAUGCUUGAAACUGCUCCUGGGCCAGAUUGCCAGCUUGGACGGGACCCUGGCCGCAGAGUCUCUGACGGUGAUCCGGCACUUGAUACAACAAGACGCCGAGGGACACAUUGGCACCGUGGUGAGGUUGGCCAAGAACCUGGACUCUGCAACCGACCCGCAGGCGAGGGCGACCAUCAUCUGGCUGGUGGGCGAGUUUUCGGGAUUCAACGGCGAAGACAACAUAGCGCCGGAUGUCCUGCGCAUUCUGCUCAAGGACUUUGCCAGCGAGUCGGAGCCGGCGAGGCGGCAAAUUUUGCUUCUUGCUGCCAAAGUCUACCUCCACCAUCUCAACCGGAAGAGCGAGACGGGCAAAGACAAGUCCAAGGAAGAGGGGGACGGCGAUGUAUCGCACGAAACGGAGGUGCAUCCCCUCGCCCAGCUGUGGGACUAUGUGCUACUUCUGGUGCGGUACGACAGCUCGUACGACCUCCGAGACCGGGCCAGAAUGUACCGGUCCCUGUUCGGGGUACCUCAGCUGGCGACGCUAAUGCUGCUGGCGCCGAAGCCAGCCCCCCAGGCGCCGAGCCCCUCGGAGUCGAGGAAGGGCUUCUCGCUGGGCUCCUCGACGCUGGUCCUGGCUGGAGGGGGCGGAGGAGUCCACGGCCUGAGGGGCUAUCAGAGUCUCCCGGAGUGGGUGGAGUCCGGCAAGGAGCCGGACCCCGAGCUACGAGAUCAAGAGGGCGGCGGCACGUCGUGGCGGUACGAGGGCGAUAAGAGCGCGGUCCCGGCCAGCGAGAAACUGGACGAUGCGGCCCGGGCGGCGCCGACGAAGACGAACGGCAUCGCCGAGGGGGUCGGGGCGAAGACGCUGGACGACUGGCUGGCCGAGGGAGAGGGAGAGAGCGAAGAUACGGAGGAGACGGAAGAGGAGACGGACGAAGACGAUGAAGAGAGUGAGGAAGGAGAGGACGAUGAGGACGAUGAGGACGAUGAGGACAGCGACGAUAAGGGCGAGAGCGGUAAGCUGCUCCAUGAAUGA